UCUUCCCUUCAGGCGUCUUAUAUUGUCAGCACUUGACGCUGGCGGGCGUACAGCCUCAGCUGAGUCACCCGGCAGCUGACGCGGUGGGCUGGAGGGCUGAGAGGGAGCGGGCCCGGGCAGGUUGUGGGAGCCUCUCGCCUACGGCCCGGGAAGGAGUGCCCUGGGGUGGAGCUGGCUCGCCGCAGGCCCCCGGGAAACCCUGCGCCCCGAAGUCUUCGCCGCGGAGGGAGAAGAAGUGGAGUGAGUGGCUAUCAGCAAGAAGAGCAGGAGAUCAGCCUCGUUGCUUCGGAGUAGGACAUUUGCUCGUGCGCAGGCAGCCCCACUGCUGGGCUCGUGUUCCUAGAGGUGAGCACCAGCCAGUGGUUACACGCAGGGUGAAACUGAAGGCAGAUGCCUUCAUAGCCCCAACCUGGCAUUCCUGGACAAUGGCAACUGAACCUGGGAUGACCGGGUUCCUGAACUCUGUAGCCUAGGCUUUUAGGGAACCAAAGGUGUUCUCAGUUGUAAAAGAGGAGAAUUUGGACGGAGAACAGAAAAGGAGGACAGCCCCUUGGAGCAGAUACAUUUGUCACAGGAAGCCACGUCAAACCCUGGGGACUUUGGAACCCCCCCCCCGCCCCCAACCACUUGCUCAGUUACUGGGAGGUAGAGAGCCGCAGGAAGGCAUCCAGUCAGUCCUGGAGGCCAGGCCAGGAGUGGAUCAAGCUAGGAAGAGACGCCAUGGAAGAGAAGGUGUUUGGCCAGCUGAAGCCCAUCGAACCUGUAAAGAAGCUGCUCCCUUGCAUGGACCAGGAGGCCCAGCAGGAAGCUGUGAGGAAAGAGUGCUGGUGGAAGGCCUGGAUGAAGAUGCCAGUCACUUUUGAGGAUGUGGCAGUAAAUUUCACCCAGGAAGAGUGGAACUGUCUAGAUGCCAGUCAGAGGGUCUUCUACCAGGAUGUUAUGUCAGAGACCUUCAAAAACCUGGUGUCUGUGGCUAGACUCUUUUUGUCUAAUCCAGAUCUGAUCACUAAGCUUGAACAAGAAGAGAAACAGUGGAGAGCAGGGCUCCAUAACCCAGACAUAGAAGGCCUCCCUUCAGGAGGCAAUAAGGAGGAACUUCAAGGGCACCGUCAGGAUUUGAGACAUGAGGGGACUAGUGGUGACAAGGUCUCCCUUGCUUGCAGAGGAUCAGGCCUGACCUCUGCUCCAGCUGGGUACAUGGGCAGGACUCCAUUGUUCCCAGCAUCCUGGUCUGGGCCCCUCUUUUCCUGCCACACCUGUGGCAGGUGUUUCAACAAGCGCUCCAACCUUCAUAGCCACCAGUUUGUUCACAAUCCUAAGCAGACUGACAGCUGCAGCCAGUGUGGAAAGUCAUUUCGGAACCCCAAGGCCCUCAGCUACCACAAACGCAUGCAUCUGGGGGAGAGGCCUUUCUGUUGCUCACUCUGUGACAAGACCUACUGUGAUGCUUCUGGACUGAGCCGUCACCGCCGUGUCCACCUGGGUUACCGGCCCCAUUCAUGCCCCUUCUGUGGGAAGAGCUUCCGGGACCAGUCUGAGCUCAGACGCCACCAGAAGAUACACCAAAACCAGCAUCCAGUGGCUGGAAACCAGAAGCAUGUGAGGAUUACAGGCACCACGGCUGGAAUCCAGGAACCCACCGUCAGGAGCCAGGGGCUCGCAGCUGGGAGCCAUGCACCAGUGGCCAGGGCCCAAGAACCCAUAUUUAGAACCAGGGGUCCUAGAGCUCCCAUACAGUCAUCAAUAGAUAGGAACCAGGCACCAGUUAUUAGAACCACAGGGCCUGUGACCAGGACCCAGGCAGCCAACCCUGGAGCCCGCUGCCUGGAUUCCAGGUCCAAGUCUUACCUACCAAAGCCUUCAAGACUCAAGGUCUUCUCUUGCCUUUAUUGUCCCUUGACUUUUAGUAAGAAGACCCACCUCUCCAGGCACCAGAAGGCCCACCUCACAGAGCAGUCAAAUGGCUGCUUCCGCUGUGGCAAGUCCUUCAGCUCGUUCUCUGGGCUGGUCAGGCACCAGCAGCAGGCUCACUGGAAGCAGAAGGCCUACCGUUGCCCUGUCUGCGACCUCUACUUUGAGGAGAAGGAGGAUCUCGUGGGUCACUGGGGGACCUAUAAAGGCAGGAGGCUGUGCCGGGACAGUCCUCAGAAGUGCUGGGCCAUCCUGGGCCAGUGGCUUGGCCUCUUUCACAAUGCCGCCCCCAUGGCAGGGAAGGGGGUGGGUCUCCUAGGAUCCUUGCCCCCAGGAGAGUGGGGGAAAGGGAGGAAGAAGGCAUGCAGGGCGGGAAAAGCAAACCGGACAGGGAGGGUCUUGGAAGAUAAAUAAAUGCUCUUUCUGGCUGA